UACAACCAAUCUCCUGAACCAUGAGCGCACUCAUACUGGAGAGAAGCCGUACUCGUGCCCCUAUUGUCCUCUCAGCUUCGCUCAAAAAGGAAGUCUACGUUCACAUAUUUUGACUCACACAGGAGAAAAACCUUUUGCAUGUCCGUACUGCAGCUAUCGGUCCUCACGAAAGACUACAUUGAAAGCUCAUGUGUGUGCCCAUCAUGCCUCCUAAGUCGAUGGAGACGGACGAGAGAGGACCCUCGGGGGCAGGGAAAAUGCUCAACACUGGCAAGACUCAUCACUGCCCCUACUGUGCAUACAUCACUAGUAAUUAUGCUCAUCUAAUGAGACAUCUACGCACACACACUGGGGAGAAGCCAUUUGCCUGCCCACACUGCCCUUUCCGAGCAACUCAAAAGGAUAAUCUAAAGAGACACAUUCGCACUCAUACUGGCGAGAAGCCCUUUGCCUGUGCUCAUUGCUCCUACACUUUUGCAGAGAAGAGCAGCCUGAAGAGUCAUGUAUGGAAUCACCAUAGCAUUGACAUGUUACUUGCUAUAUUGCUUGUAAUUUGGCUUUUUAUCCCUCAGUCUAAUGCACAUCCCCUACGUGUGGAAGUUGUGAGCAGCAUUUCAAGGACAGAAGAGGUCGAGGGAUUAACAAAUGCUGCCAGUACCUGUAUAAUGAACUUCCAGUGUUCCUAUUGUUCUUACAACACACCAAGACAAACGCAUCUGAAGGAGCACAUGUUAACUCAUACCGGAGAAAAGCCUCAUAUCUGUCCACACUGCCCAUUCCGUAGUGCUCGUAGUAAUAACCUGAAGAAGCACAUAAGAACACACACCGGAGAAAAACCAUUUGCUUGUAGUCACUGCCCGUACCGCUCCACAAGAGUAGAUAAUUUGAAAGCACAUAUUCUGAGGCAUGCAUCAAGAAUCAAUACACCAUCUCAGGGUAGAGCUCAGUGGCAACAUGGUGGUGUGUAGCGGCAGAGUCAGAAGAACCAACGACAAGAAGAUCAACAUCUACAAAUGCCCGCACUGUGACCACGCAACGCAUAAGCUUUACUCAAUGACCCACCACAUCAGAUCACACACAGGAG